AUGUUCAAAAAGAAGCCUACUAUAAAAAACCUUUCUCCUUUACGGUCAUCCGAUCGUAGGAAGAUCGCAGAUCAGAUUAUCAAAGACUACCAGAUCUCUGUUCCCUUAAAUUCCUCCGAAGACACAUCCGCCCCCGCUUCAAGCCUCACAUCAAUUCGAAAUUCGCUCCUACCGGAGAACACCCAAACGGCUCGUUUCACAACCACCGCCGGUCCAGACCUGCGCGAGCUUCAAGGAAUCGUAUAUGUUGGCACACAUCCCGACGAGGAUGAGCGAGUGCUCUGGUUCAAGCUGGAACACGGCCCCGGAGCGGACAAACGCCUUUACCCAACUGUCUACACACUAUGGCACAACCCGAACCUAGUUCCUUUGCUUUACACUCCGGAAUUUGUGAUGGGGAAGCUUCAUGGGGGAGCUGACCUCAUGACGCCCGGCCUCGCGAACGAACCACCGUUUCCCGAAAGGGCGGUCAAGAGUGCGGUUGUCGCGGUCGCGAGUGUGGACAGGCAUACUGUGCCCCUUUUUGUAGGCGUCUGCGAGAUCGAUGUCUCGGCUUUGGAAGAAGUGCAAGGUACGAAAGGACAUGCCGUCCGCGGAUUGCAUUGGGAGGGCGAUGAGCUUUGGGCAUGGAGCUCUGCAUCACGGCCAGGCCGUCCAGCGCCGGAAUAUCUGGAGGGCUGGGACGAGGAUGAAAGUGACGAAGUCGAGCAACGAAUGGAAGAGCUGCAUAUCGAAGAAGAUGAGGCCAUCCCCGCCUCGGGAGAUGCGUUGGGCGAUGAGCCUACCGCAGGGGAAGAAGCUGUGGCCGAAGAGGAGCCACCCACCACACAACAGAUUGAUGAGGCUCUUGUGAAUGCCUUUGUCUACGCCCUUUACAAGCUCAAACAAGAUAACCCUUCAGCACCUGACCAUGGCCUUUCACUGCCAAUUACACCUUCGGCGUUGAUAGCCAACUUUAUUGCCCCGUAUCUUCCAAUUUACACUGCCCAACAGGCUCAGCAUUACAACAUCAAGAAGACCAGCUGGAAAAAUGUCAAAAAAUUCAUGAAACAUCUAGACAAAUCGAAGAUUGUGAAAUCCAAGGAUCGCAAUGGCCAAGAAACUGUCAUCAUGGAUGUGGACUUUGAGGAUCAGCGUGUCCAGCGCUUUGUGCCAUACAGGCUGCCUUCACCGCGUGCCCUAGAGAAUAACAAGCCGACCACAUCCGAGGGCAAAAAACCUGCGGCGACAGAUGACUCUGACCCUUCAGUUGGCCAGACAAUCACUGUCCAAAGUCUCUACCGGCCAGCAGGAAAGCUGAUGCCAACUAUAUUCCCAGCCCUUGCUGCCGGCAACGCAACCAACUUUUACAAAUACUCGGAUGUGUCCCGUCACUUGGACGAAUAUCUCGAGUCUCAAUCCCCGCCCAUCGUCUCGAAAGAAAACAGACGCAUCAUCACCCUGAACCCCUUCCUUGCAAACACAAUCUUCACUUCAUCAUCCACCGAAGACAAGGGGACCCUUGCCCGUGGUAAGGUCACCCGCGAUGGUCUCCUGAAACGGAUAGUGGAAGACAAAUCUCUCCUGCAACCACACUAUGCCAUCUUGAAGACAGGACAAACCAUCGCAGAUGUCAAGCCGAAAGCAGGCACCGCGCCGAAGGUCACUGUCACUCUCGAGAAGCGGACAGGUAACAAGAACGUUACAAAGAUCAUGACUCUGGAAGUCUUCGGCAUCAUUCCUAGUCUGCUGGCACAGGAACUGCAGAAGAAGUGUGCCGGCAGCACUAGUGUCACCCAGGCGACUGCUGCCCCCAAGGGGGUUAUGGAGGUUUUGGUGCAGGGCGAUCAGCGCAAAGCCGUUGAGACAGCUCUUCUUCGUCGUGGGGUGAAAUCACAGAUGAUUGAGUUCGUGGAUAAGACCAAGAAGAAGAAGAAUUGA